UAGCGAUAAUUUGCAGAAAAAUACAACAACAGCUAAACUGAAAAGAAAUCUCAUUUGGUUGCUUUGACUCUUACCCAGACCUGCUACGUAGUUACUUACUGUGAGUGUCCUCUUUCAGACAUUAUGAAGGAGACAGCAGCCAAGCGACGUGAGAAAGCCAAGGAGUCCAAAGCGGACAAGGCGAAGGAUGCGGCGGGCCCGGAGCCGCAGGACGUCGAGAUGCCGGAGGAGGACGCGGCUAACGCGGCCAAGCCCCCCAAGGAGCUCGACAGCCUCACCCUGGAGGACAUCAAGGAGCAUGUGAAACAGAUUGAGAAAGCGGUUUCCGGAAAGGAGCCGCGAUUUGUCCUUCGUGCUUUGCGGGCGUUGCCCUCUACCAGCCGCCGUCUUAACAGCAACGUGUUGCACAAAGCCGUCUCUGGCUUUUACACCAGCAACGCCACUGCCAGAGACUACCUGUUGGGCUUCCUGGAAGAGCCCAUGGAGAUGGCAGAGGGUGAUGUCCAGUUCCGACCCAGGACGGGGAAGGCAGCCUCUACUCCUCUACUGCCUGAGGUGGAAGCCUAUCUGCAGCUCCUCCUGGUGGUCUACCUCACCAACAACAAGAGAUACAUAGAGGCCCAGAAAGUGUCAGACGACCUGCUGCAGAAGAUCGGCUCUCAGAACCGCAGAGCACUGGACCUGGUGGCUGCAAAGUGUUACUACUACCACGCACGGGUCUACGAGUUCCUCAACCAGCUAGACACCAUCCGCAGCUUCCUCCACACUCGUCUGCGUACGGCCACGCUGCGUCACGACGCCGACGGGCAGGCGGUCCUGCUGAACCUGCUGCUGAGGAACUACCUGCAGUUCAACCUGUACGACCAGGCCGAGAAGCUCGUCUCCAAGUCUGUGUUCCCCGAGCUGGCUAACAACAAUGAGUGGGCCAGAUAUCUCUACUACACCGGUCGCAUUAAGGCCAUCCAGUUGGAGUAUUCUGAGGCCAGGCGGACUCUGACCAACGCCCUGAGGAAAGCCCCACAGCACACUGCCGUCGGCUUCAAACAGACGGUCCAUAAGCUGCUGAUUGUGGUGGAGUUGUUGCUGGGCGAGAUCCCAGACAGACUGCAGUUCAGACAGCCUUCACUCAAGAGAUCCCUCAUGCCUUACUUCCUCCUCACACAGGCGGUGAGGAUGGGUAACCUGGCCAAGUUCAACCAGGUCCUGGAGCAGUUUGGAGAGAAGUUCCAGACAGACGGGACGUACACGCUCAUCAUCCGACUGCGACACAACGUCAUCAAGACCGGUGUGCGUAUGAUCAGUCUGUCCUACUCUCGGAUCUCGCUGGCAGACAUCGCUCACAAGCUGCAGCUGGACAGUCCCGAGGACGCAGAGUUCAUCGUAGCUAAGGCCAUCCGUGACGGUGUGAUUGAGGCCAGUAUCAACCACGAGAAGGGUUUUGUCCAGUCCAAGGAGACCAUGGACAUCUACGGGACCAGAGAACCUCAGCUGGCCUUUCACCAGAGGAUCUCCUUCUGCCUGGACAUCCACAACAUGUCUGUCAAGGCCAUGAGGUUUCCUCCCAAAGCCUACAACAAGGACCUGGAGUCAGCAGAGGAGCGCCGGGAGCGCGAGCAGCAGGAUCUGGAAUUUGCCAAAGAAAUGGCAGAAGACGAUGACGACAGUUUCCCAUGAUCCCCUCCCGUGUACUGUGGCAGGAAAUGGUUCUGUGUGUCUGUAUUGUACUGUUAGCAGAUUAUUAAUCCACCCAAAAUACAUUUCCUCUUCUACUCCUCCAUUUUUUUGUUGCUUUUUUUUUGCUUAUAUACCUGCCUUCUCACACUGUCACCUCUCCACCAAGUACUCUGACUUUAAAACAGUCUGUAUACCCUCCUCUAGCAUGUGUUGGUUACAUUUGUGCUGACUGUUUGAAAGAGGUGAAAAAAGUAAAAUAAAGUGAAUUUUUUUUGUCUAUA